AUGUUGAAGGCGGACUACCAGCGCAGUGAUUUCAUUCAGAGACUUGGCCCCAGCUUUCCCUGGGGCAGACCUGAGAGUCCAGCUCGUACUGUCGCCCUCUUGAACUGUCCGGGCGGUGCUGAAGGCCAUGACUUGGUUUCAUAA